AUGUUGAACAUUAACAGUAUGGCCAACCAUCCAUUAUUUCCACAGGACCAUUUACAACAACAACUGCCACAACUGCCACACUAUGCAGAUCUUCCCCAAAGUCUCACUCCGUUGUUGAACCAUCAACUGUUGUACGGAUUUGAUGACAACCCUGUCAAAAUUGAAGAGUUGAAAAACUCCCCAUCACAAACCCAGAAACAACUGCCACGUAACCUGCAGAUGCAGUCACAGCUUGAUCAGCUUGACCUACUUCAACAAACUCCACAAUGUAGAUUUCCGCCAUCAACAGGUCAAAGUCCGUUAUUUGUGACUGAGGAAACCUCAGCAGACCAAGCAGCUCAAGACUCCGAACAAACGGGCCACGAUUUACAACUAUUCAAUAAAAACCAUGCUGACUUUGGGGACAUGACGUUUCCUGAGCUCAAACCUUUGACUAUGCCAGUUACUAGUCCAUUCAAGCUUGAUUUGGGUGAUCCGUUAUUACCAGAAUUAAAGCCACAACCACCCACACAACCAGCUAAGAAGAGAAAGGAAAGCAGUGGACCCAAAGCAAGACCUGCCUUUGUGAUGAAGAUUUGGUCAAUGGUUAAUGACAAAUCCAAUGAUGAGUAUAUCAGAUGGAACGAAGACGGUAAGACUUUUCAAGUAUUCAAACGGGAAGAUUUUGUGCACAAGAUUCUUCCUGCUUAUUUCAAGCAUCAGAACAUGUCAAGUUUUGUUAGACAAUUGAAUAUGUAUGGAUUUCACAAAGUGCAGGAUAUAACAAAUGGUACAUUAUACCCAAACGGAGACAAGAGCGGAGGAGAUGAGGUAUGGCAAUUUGAAAAUCCAAACUUCAUACGUGGUAGAGAAGAUUUACUAGAUAACAUUGUCAGAAACAAGUCAGUAGCACAAGAGGAGUCGCAACAAUUAACAGAUACUCAUAGCUUUGCUAACGGUGAUUUGAGUUUGAUACUAUCAGAAUUGAGUCAGAUAAAGCAGAAUCAAGCAAGAUUGAAUGAGGAAAUUUUGCGUAUACGACAAGAUAAUCAAAAUAUGUAUAAUGCAAAUUAUAUCAAUAGGGAAAGGACUCAGCAACAAGGUCGCACAAUCAACAAGAUUCUCAAAUUCCUUGCUGCUAUAUACAAUGACUCUACAAUCAAGGGACAAACACCAUCAGCUGAAAAUGGUCAAUAUUCUGAUAUACCAUACCGUCGUCGUCGUCAACCAGAAGAGGGUCAAAAUCCUACAUAUCAAUCCCCAUCGUCUGUUUCCUCAGACCAACGUGGAUCACAAGAUACUCAAGCAGAACAGUUUGUCAGAAGGCCGAGGUUGUUGCUUACAAACAGGCCAAAUACAGUUAAGUCCUAUUCUUCACCAUCUAUAGAAUCUAUCAAAAGGCGUCAAUCAUCUGUAAACAAUGUCAAACAUUCUCAUCCAGACUCGAUGAAUGGGGGAGGUUUUGAAAAUGGAGCUUCGUAUAGUGGCCCUGACAUUGACCAACUUGAAAAUCAAAUUCGAAGCUCUGAUCAAUCGAUUGAGCAAGUACAAGAUUGGAUAGAAAAGCUUUCACAACAACAACAACAGCAGCAGCACCAACAACAGCAAGCAGAGUCACAGCAAAUUCCCUCUUCACUAAUGGCUAAUGUCAAUAGCGACAUUCACGUUGGUCCUACCCCACAAUUAUCAGGCUACCCAGAAUACGGUGAUGAUGACCAGUUCAAUGUCGAUGAUUUCCUAAAAAGCGCAAACACGCCAGGCUCAGUACUGAGUCCAAUGCCUUCUUUCGCUGGCGUCAAUGGUGGAUCUUUCAAUGGAAAUUCUUAUGGUCAUACUUUACAAUCACCACAGUUGCAUAAUGAUCAAUUAUCACAGGAACCACGACCACAAUCUCAACUGAAUGGGAAAAAGAGAACAAUUCAGGAAAUUUACGAUAAUUGA